AGCCAUCUACAUGUCAUCGGCUCUAGUUUAGCUUUUAUGUAUCAUGCGAUAUUACAUCGAUUUAAAAGCGGUAGGAAUACAUAAAUUCUGUGAACGGGUGGUCUGCACAUCCCAUCCACCAACAAAGAGAGCGAGUAUAUGUUCGACAAUCCAUUGUUGUGGGCGUGGAUAAACACUACCCAACUCAGACAGACAAAGCCAGUUGCUUUGUGAGGACCAGUAUCUUCAGCAUAUUUAUCUCCCCCUCUGUCUAAGACGUCAUGGCUUCUUUCUCCUCAAGCACAGACACCUGGAGCUGCCUCUCACCGGAGAAACUGGAAACAUGUCCUCUGUCCCAGGUCGCGAGCCGCCCCUCAACGGCCUCGAGGGCCAGAACGUACUUGUUCUCGUGACCGAGAACCCGGAUCCAUGUUUUACCCCCAAAGAGUGCAAAACUCCACGCGUGUGCGAGACCCAGGCCACCCUCUACGUCAUCAUGGACAAGAUCGGCCGGGCCAGCCAACAGGUCGCCCUGCGCGUCAGGGAGGUUAGGCUCGGUCUCCCCAUACUAACUGACACAGUCAUCAAGAUGCCCGUCCGCGAGACCCCCGAGCCCGAGCCGGUGCUCCCCAGCAUCGACACGGUCAUCGCCCCCAAGCCCGCCCCCAAGGCCGGGCUCUCUGACGGGCUGGCCAUCCUGCACAAACAACGCCUGGAACAGUGGGACCGGCACUUCGCCGGGUCCUCCAGCACCAGCAAAGCGACGCCGUUUUUGGAUCUACACCGGUCCACCACCGUCGCCGGCGCCAACACGCUGGUGACAAUCUGGGAGGCCUGCAGCGGCGCCAGCCUCGAGUCCCUCAUGGACGCCUGCAAGUGGGACGACCUGGAGAUCCCCGCCGCCAUGGGCGCCAUCAUCGCCGUCGACAUGCUCACCGCCAUCAUCAGGACGCAGGUCCACGCCGCCAGCAUGCGCGGGGCCCGCCCCGUCCUCGCCCGCGGCCGCGACGUGGCCACGGGGAACAUCUACGUCGACGUCGGCGACCCCUGGGUGCCCCGGACGAACCCGCACGGCCACAAGAUGGACCCCAACGACGCCCUCCCGCGCUGCGCCCUCGGCCACUGGGGCGGCGACCCCGUCGAGCUCUCCACGCCGGCCCAACGCGCCGCCGCCGCCCGCGAAGACGUCGGGCGCCUGCACGGCGUGCUGCUCCGCCUACACAAGUACGGCCAGCGACGCGCCGACCCCCGCCUGCCCGGCCACGAGGACCUGGUCGAGGGCGAGCCCAUCGCGCGCGCCCACGGCGAGGAGGCGCUCUGGACGACGGUACGGUAUCACGUCCAUGCAUGUUUUAACAGGCUGACGGACCCGAACGAGAGGGGAGUGGUCCCCGUGCUCAAGGAGGCGCAGGCGACGCUCGGGGUGCUGGAGCGUGAGGCGCUCGAAGCGGUCUCGCCUACGCAGGAAGCCGUCCUGGACAAGUUCCGCGACCGCAUGCGCCGGCCGUUGCAGCAGCAGAGGCCCGGCCCGCUGAGGUUUUACGGCAAGGGGCGGGCGGACAAGUUCUGCGAGGAGGUCCUCCGCCUGGAGCCCAACACGUGGAGGGUCGGGGUCGUCAAGGACGGUAGGAUCAAGCUCCUUCCCGUUUGGAGCAGGAAUCUGAACUGGCGUGGCACGAUUUAGGUGCUCCGAUGGACGAG